CACAAUUAACAAUGACUAUGCACCCUUUUCAAAUAGACCAUCUUGAUCAUCCAUCUUUCUUCAUCUUUGUUACCAAAUAGCAUCAUCGAUCAUACUGCAUGCAUGCACAAUGGAGGAGACUAGACUAAAGGAGCACGUCCUCUCUCUUCUCAUCCAUUCCAUCCAUCUCUUCACUCUCCUAGCAUGCAUUACCACAGAAACCUACAUCUUCAUUAACAAACACCACCCCAUCCACCACCUCAUCCCUCUCCUCUUCAUCCUUAUCUUCUCAUCCUUCCUCUCCAAACCAUCCAGAGUUUACCUUGUAGACUUCUCUUGCUUGAAACCCUCUUCAAGUCUGCGAGUUUCCUCAGCAAUCCUCCUCGAACAUCUUUCCAUGAUUGAAGGCUUUGACAAAGAGAGCUUAUCAUUCUUGUCCAAAGUCAUCUCCUCCUCCGGCCUCGGAGAAGAAACCCAUUUCCCUCCUUCACUGUACUACCUUCCUCCAAGAACUGACCACAAGAACUGCAUUCAAGAAGCCCAUAUGCUCUUCUUCCCCAUCCUUCAUGACUUGUUCUCCAAAACCCGGAUAUCUCCUCAAGACAUAGACAUCCUCAUACUCAACUGCAGUGGCUUCUGUUCCACCCCAUCACUCUCCUCCAUCAUUGUCAACCAUUUCGCCAUGCGAGACGACGUGAAGACCUUCAACCUCUCUGGCAUGGGCUGCAGCGCUAGUGUGAUCAGCAUUGACAUUGCAAGAACUCUCCUCCAACUUAACCACGGAUCAUAUGCAGUGAUCGUCAGCACUGAGAUUAUUUCCACCGGUUGGUACUCCGGCAAAGAUCAACGAAAACUUCUGCUCAACUGUUUCUUCCGCUCUGGCAGUGCUGCAGCCCUUCUCACUAACAAAAAAGGGGAGAAGAAUUUAAAAUACAAGUUGCUGCACUUGGUGAGGACUCAGAGCUCAUAUGAUGAUAAUUCUUACUUUUCAGCCAUGAGAAAAGAAGAUUCAGAGGGGAUCACAGGAUUCUCCAUUGAAAGCAAUUUCUUGCAUGCAUUCAAAGAGUUACUACGUUCUCAUGUCAUGGUUCUUGGCAAAAUCAUCCUGCCAUUUAGAGAGAGAGUUAAGUAUGUGAUCAUGGUGGUGGUCUUGCAGAAGUCAUCGAAAGAGCACAGAAGUCCGGUGCCGGAGUUUAGGACGGCAGUGAAACAUUUCUGCUUGCCAGCAUCAGGGAUUCCGGUGAUAAAGGAGAUGGGAAAGGGGUUGGGUUUGGGAGAAAGGGAGGUGGAGGCGGCGUUGAUGACUUUCCGGCGGUUCGGAAACCAGUCAUCGUCGUCGAUGUGGUAUCAAUUGGCCUAUUUGGAAGGAAGACAGAGAAUUAGGAAAGGUGAGAAGGUUUGGCAGUUGGGAAUAGGGACUGGACCAAAGUGUAACAGUGUCAUAUGGGAGUGCAUGAGGGUGUUGAAGAUGGAGGAUGUUCACAAGGGACCAUGGGGAUGACCGCUUGCACUGAUAUGAAGAGAUGAUGCAUGGUGGGUGGUGUUUUUCUAUAGAUUAUUAUUAUUAUUAUUAUUAUUAUUAUUAUUAUUAUUAUUAUUAUUAUUAUUUUCCAAAAUGUCUGGAUAAGACCAAGAAAGGAUAGAGUAGCACACAUAUGGUCAUGGACAUGGAGUUCAUCAGCAUAGCUACCGUUUACAUCUUCAAAAAUAUGUUUUCAUCUACAAAUUAAAUUCUUUACUAUUUAUGAAAAAUUAUU